AUGCCGCUCACAUCACGUUGGCAGACAGAACAAAUCCCCGACACUCACCUAGCUUCCUUACUCUUUACCUCACCUACUCACCCUGUAUCAAAAACCCACCGCUGCUAUUCUGACGCCGACAAUCCAGAAACCCACUACUUCACCACCCAUGACUUCCGCCUCUGGUGCCAACGAUUCGCGGCGGGGUUGCGCAAAUCCGGUCUCCAAACGGGCGACCGGGUGCUGCUGUUCUCCGGCAAUGAUUUAUUUUUCCCCGUUGUAUUUCUGGGUAUCAUAAUGGCUGGUGGUGUUUUCUCAAGCGCGAACCCGACUUAUGUAGCUCGGGAACUGGCGUAUCAGUUUCAGGAUAGCGGUGCGACGUACCUUCUCUGUGCGGAGUCUAGUCUGGACACGGGCAUUGAAGCGGCCAGACUAGCUGGAGUGCGCAGAGAUCGAGUCUUUGUCUUCAACAGUGACGUCUAUGACGGAUCAGGCCAGGCCCGGAAAGGCUGUCGCCACUGGGGAGAACUGGUAGCGUCCGCAGAAGAAGGAAGCAAGUUCGUCUGGGAAGAACUCUCAACCCCAGAGACAUCCAGCCGCACACUAGCCCUCAACUACUCCAGCGGAACAACAGGAAAGCCCAAGGGCGUGGAAGUCUCGCACAAGAACUAUGUGGCCAACACAAUACAGACAGGCUUCAUGGCGCAGUUGAGCCCGGAGUACGAAGCGAAAAUAGCUAAGGCGCGGUUGCUCUGCUUCCUGCCUAUGUACCAUGCAAUGGGGCAGACGAUAUUCAUUGCCAACGCUUUGCUUUCUGGGACCCCGGUGUAUAUUAUGCCGAAAUUUGAUUUCAUCGGAAUGCUCGAGUAUGUACAGAAGUUCCGCAUUACUGAGCUUAUCCUCGUGCCUCCGAUUAUGGUAAGGCUUGCAAAGCAUCCAGCUGUUCGAAGUGGGAAAUACGACUUGAGUAGCGUGGAGGCGAUUCGUUGUGGGAAAUCGAGAAGUUGGGGACCCAGACGGGUUGAUAUAAAGCAGGCGUGGGGGAUGACCGAGGUGACAUGCUCGUUCCUGGGAUGGGAUCCCAGAGAUGAGGGCAAUCCGGCAUCUGUUGGCAUGUUGUACCCCAAUUGCGAGGGCAUGAUCAUAGCCGACGAUGGAAAGACAGAGUUAGGCAAGCACCAACGCGGUGAAUUGUGGGUUCGAGGACCGAGUGUCAUGAGAGGAUACUGGCAAAAGCCUCAAGCCACACAAGAGACCAAAACAGCGGAUGGAUGGUUGAAGACGGGGGAUAUUGCAUAUGUCGAUGAUGAUGGGAGAUUCUAUGUCGUGGACCGGAUAAAGGAACUGAUCAAAGUCAAAGGCAAUCAAGUAGCACCAGCAGAGCUAGAGGGACUCUUGUUGGAGCAUCUUGCAGUCGCCGAUGUUGCUGUCAUUGGAGUACCUGUCAACGAUGACGAACGCCCUCGUGCAUACGUUGUAUUAAAGCCCGACCAGGGUGCCACAGCAGAGGAUAUUAUCAAGUUCAUGGAUGGGAAGGUGACCGCGGUCAAACGCAUUACUGGUGGUGUUGUCUUUAUAGAUGCGAUCCCUAAGAAUCCUUCGGGCAAGAUCCUACGUAAGGAGCUUCGGGAGAGGGCCAGGAAGGAGAUGAAGGGAGCUACUGCGAAGCUGUGA